AUGACCGAACUCGCCCCCGCGAGGGACGCCCGCGUCGGCGACGACGACGCCGUCGCGAGCGGGAUCACGAGCGCGUGGGAGGACGCGCUCGGGUCCAUCCGGAAAUUCGCGUCGGACGUGAAGGACCUCAGCGCGAGCGACGUUAAGGAGGCGGUGUCGAAGAUCGGCGAGACGACGAAAGGGGACUGGAACGCGUUCAAAGACAUCGCGAAGGACCUGGGGACCGAGGUCAGGGACGCGCUCCGACCGGGGGUCGCGUCGGAAGCGCACGCGGCGCUGCGAUCGAGCGCGAGCGCGCCGGGGCAGCGUCGCGAUCCCGGUCGACCCCCGCGGCACCGCUCGAGCGGCGCCCCGGUCGCGGUGGACGACACGCCGAGGGGGCAGGCGGGGAGGACGCUGGACACCAUCUUCGCCGCGCUGAAUCCGGCACGAGGCGACGCGGACGACGGGAGCGGGGGGGGGAACAACGCGGUCGUGACGGGGGGGAUGCGAGACGGGAAUAGCCUUCGACGCGGCGGCGGCGGCGGCGGCGGCGCGACGACGACGACGACGACGACGACGGAGAUCACCGAGGCGGACCCCGACGAGGUCGUGAUCAACGUCCAGAGCGACGCGACCGUCGCGGCGGCGUUCAGGAAGAUCAACGCCCUGUCCGCGAGCGGCGGCGCGGACGGGUGGGAGCCGUUCCCGCUGCCGUCGGCGGUUCGUGAGCUGAUGCUCGCCUGCGGGUUCUCGGGGUGGCACCAGCACGCCGUCGCCGCGAUGUUCGGCGCGCUGCUGCUGCUGGUCGCGUGGACGUACGCGAUGAGGAUGUGA